AUGACCCGUUUGGGACUUGCCCUCCUGGCGCAGCUGGCGUUGGCCAUCCGAAAGGAUCAGGUGGAGCAGAUGGACGUGUCCGGCGAUUCGGUGACGCAAGUCCUGGACCAGCUGGUGGAUCUGACGCCGCACUUCACGGGUCCCGGAGUCCUGCACGUGGCCGGCAAGCAAUUCCGCUGCUGUAAGAAGAACUCGGAGGACCAUGGUAUCGUGGUGGACGCCUCUCCACGAGAGAAGGAGCCCCUUUUUUCGGGCUGCCGCGGCUAUGUGGGGCUGCUGUACAAGUCCUAUACAGAAACCAAGUCUCCGAAGUGCCUGGCCUGGACCAGUGGGCUCCCUGCGGAGCUGAGCACGCUGGGUGCCGACGUCGUCGAGACCUCGACCAUCACAGUGCCAAAGGUGAUGCGAGAGGCUGGACAACAGGUCUGGAGUUUGUCCGUGAAGUUGAUCGACCCACGCGUGGACAUGCCGCUCCGAGGGAUGCAAGUGCGGGCGAUGAGCUCCGACAGCACGACCCUCUUUGGCAUGUCUGAAGCCAACCGCACCGGCUGGAUCACCUUCACGGGCGUUCCCUUUGGCUCGGACCUGGUGCAGCUUCGCCCUCCCGAGGGCUACAAGCCUGCCCAGUACUUCUACGACAAGAAGAAGAGCUGCGAGGAUUCCGAAUCUUGCUUCACGCAGCUCGCGGUGGCCAAGGACUCUCCGGCCUCCACGUAUCGGGACCUCCCGGCUCACUCGAAUCAAAAAGGGCUCGAGCUGCGCCGCCCGGGUGAGGUUCGCGGCUUUGGCAAGCUCGAAGCCAGUCUGGGCACCUUCGAAGAGGGGAGUGAUUUGGACAGUGAAGAGGAUGGCGAUGACGUGGAGGUGGCUGAAGCUCGGCGCCUCCUCAAAGAGAGGCGCUCGGCGCUCGAUCACGGUAAGCGGCGGAGGAAUUCGCAGAAGCGGGUACUGUUCUACACCGCGCAGGGCAUUGCAAGCUUGGGUGUGAUGAUCGCCGCCAUCGUGCUUUACCAGAUCAUUCUAGCAACGGCCACUUCCUUGGGAGACACCUGUGGCUCCACGGUGCCCACCAACGACACAGACCUGAAGGCACAGGUCCUGUCCACCAGCAGCGCUGUGGAAUGUAGCAAUGAUGCCUUUGGACUCAGUGCCUGUGAGUAUGGAGACUUGCUGAAUGUGGCCAACAUGAUGUAUGCAAACUUCUACGUGAACGGCCUGCAGUUCUUGGUUUGCAUGAUCAUGAUCUACAGCCUGGGCAAGUUCACCCACCUCCCUGCUGAAAAGCUCCAGUUCGACAAGAAGAAUGCAUCUCGACUCAUGAUGCUCUUUGGCGGUAUUUGCAAGCAGGGCCCCUGGCUGACACGGCUGCUGCAUUUUGUGCAGGGCAUCUUGCUCUUCGGGUCCUGGUUGAUGAUGAUUUUGGGCUACUGCCAAGGGAAUCUCGCGUACACCAGCGCUUGCACUGCGUACAGCGAGGGCUGUGCGUACAACAAAGCUCGAAAUUGCCAAUACUAUUACACCUAUUGCAAACCCGAUGCGACGUUGCUUUUGGGCUGCUACACCCAAGCGGGCCGCGCAGCCUUCAGUGGCCGCAUGGACAUCCGCGUGCUCAGCGGAGUGCACUGCGUCGCCUGCGGCAUCCUCGAGGCGGACGCGGCCAAUGUCAUGGGCACCGACGAGUUCUACUUGUUAGACGACGACUCGAGGGGGACGGAUGCCUGGGUGUGCAACGAACAGCUGGACGGCUGCUUCCACACGACCGCCUGA